CGUUUCGAUUCAUGCAUCCCCUACCCACUAUUUCGCUGUAACUUGUUCUACCUUUGUACUUCUUCCAUUCAUUUCGGCAGAUGAAGUCGAAUCUCGACUUUCGCCUAGUACUGCCGAGCGUUUGCAUUCUCUCGUUAUUGCUGGAAUAUGAGGUCGCAGCAUAUACCGCUCUUCCGAGGUGGGGCCAGGCCGUGGCCGUACUUAAUGACUGUCUCUUCGUUCAUGGCGGGAAGACAGACGAGUAUAAUUCAUACUCGUAUACACAAGCACCAACUAACAAUGAUUUACUUUAUCUCUCACUAUCUUCAUCAUUCAAUCUGACAUCGCCACCCUGGGAGUUGAUCAGCAGCUCCUCUGAUACCUUGACUUCACAAGGCCCAGCGGUAGCUUGGCAUACUCUGUCCGGACUCAAUUCUUCGAGCAUGCUAUUAUUUGGUGGAGCCCCUGCCACCAAUUCUGCCACAGUCUCGACAAAUCGUGCCGACUCAUCCUGGAUGCUCGAUGUAUACGUCCGGUCGGCGCCUGAGUGGGAACAAGAAGCAUUAGCAUGGGCGGGGCAGCCGACGAGACGGAUACACCAUUCCACUGUCACGUCGAUUUCUGGCCAAGUAUACAUAAUUGGCGGAGAGAGGGCAGAUGGUUCCGGAGUCGCCCUAACAGACCACUAUGUGUUCGAUCCCGAUAGCGAAUCAUUCACCCAGCUCCCCUCAACCGACGGCCCUUCAGAUAUUACGGGUCAUUCCUCUGUAAUUCUAUCAAAUGGCACGAUACUCGUUUUUGGCGGCUAUAGCCAGUCGCAAGAUUCGCUGUUACUGUUUUCAACUCUAUGGACUCUGGACACGACGCAGUCCACACUGUCGUGGAACCUGAUUUCCCUAUCGACAACUAUACUGCCAAAUCCAAGAAGGGCAUUUGCUUCGACUUGCAUUGACGGAAACAAGGUUGUUAUUCAGGGCGGUAGCGAUGCCUCCUACCAAACUACAUACAGUGACGGUUGGAUACUAGAUCUAUCACAGGACAGUCUAAAUUGGGUUGAGGUGGAUGCUUUGACGCAGGUUGGUGCUCGUCGUGAUCAUUUCGCUGUUCCUAUAGGAUCCUCAGUCAUGUUUGGAUUUGGUUACGGGAGUUUCGGUCCAUUUGCUACCAAUAUUAUUAUCUACGACUCUUCGACUGGAUCCUUUGCAUCCAAUUUCUCUCCUUCGUCAUCAUCAGGAACCACACAAACGAUGCCAGGGUCGAGUCAGACGUCAGAUCCCCAUCCGACCGGUACCGGAACUUCUCCCAGUUCUGGCGGAUCUGUCAGUGCUGAUCCCUCCGCAACUAAUCCUGAUCCGGGUCCCAGCGAUCCCACUGGUGGCGGUGGCGGUAGUGGUGGCACUCCAGCUGACGGAGGACACGGUGCUGAUAGCGACCGAACCACCGCCAUCGCCCUUGGGACUACCUUCGGAGUUCUGGGACUUAUCGUUGGUUGCGUGAUCCUUGUUUACUACGUGCGGCGUCGAAAAGGGUAUUCCUUGACUGGUCGACGAUUCAUGGUUCUUCACGACGACACCGAGGAUGGAGAGGAUAGCCCUCAGCAUGAUCGUAAUCUUCCUCUUGCCGGUGGCUUUGGCGAAAGAACACCGCAUAGUAACGAUGCGGGGUGGACCAUUUUAAGGAGUAUCGGUCUAGGGGGUGUUAUGCCGGCCAGUAUGAGUACGCGUCAUAAUCCAGAGAGACGAGAUAUGCUCGCGGAUGAAGAUACCCAAGAUUUCGCUUUCUGGCACGAGAAGCGAUGGAGGGAAGGCACAGGAAGUUCAUGGUCACUCCGAAGUAUUCUUGGUGGAGGUCGGAGGCGCAGCCAAGAACCCAGUGCCGCUAGCUCACUUGGCGCACCUUGGAAGGAGAAAUACGAUCCUUUCUCCGAUGACAAGGCACUCAUGGGGGAUGCGGAGCCGGAAUUGACGAGUGCCGGUCCAAGCAGACCCAUUGCUAGGAGACAAAUGAGCAACGGCAGCACAAUAACCAACACCAGUUUUGUUGAUCCAUUCGCAAAUUCUAUACACGAGGAGCAAGAAAGGUAUCAUGAUGUGGAUAGCGUCGAGGACAAUCUUGAGAUGCCACCCCCUGCACGUUUCAAACUUCCAGCCCUCUCAAUACAGACUGUACUCCCCGUGACUACUGUUAGCCACGCCCUCAGCCCGGUUACGGAAACAUCGCGACUGUCCAUUAACGAUCCCAGCACGCCUUCGAUUCAUACCAAUUCUAAUUCUCAUGAAUACAAUCUAUCUCCGUUCGACAGUACAUCAGGAGUGACUUCGCGUACCUCUUACGACCCUUCCCGCUCUCCAGGCCAGCGAACAUCCACUAUAAUUGCUUCCGUACCAACACAGCCUAUGCGACGGAGUGAUUCAUGGUGGGCACGUUUCUCUCGCACGAGCUUAUUGGACCGACGAAAUAGUGAUUCGUCAAAGAGAGCUUCGCUGGACUUUAGAGACCCGAACCCGCCGCCGCGAUUGGUUGCCAUUGAAGAAAGCACCCAUUCCGCGACGUCGGCGUCGCCGGAGGCAGACAACAACAGCACAGGAUUUAAUCGAUCUUCGUCGCUUCAUCCCGGGUCCCGCAGGGUCUCGAAAGUUUACGGCGCUCAUGGAAAAUCGUCAUCUUCGUUGCGGACUGCAGAUUCUGAGCUCAUUGAAAGAAUGGUUGGCACGAUGGAUGUAGCGCAGAGAGUGAGAACAGCUAGCCAUCAAACCCGAGAGAGCACAGGGACCAGCCAUAGCGUUGAAAUCCCUGCUUCGGAAGAUGGUUACCUCAUGGAAUAUCUUGGUGAUGACCAUUCCAUCGUUACUUCCCCGUCGGGCAUCUUAUCGUUGGACAUUGCACAUGGUCCCAGCGAUACACCCUCUCGAAGUCUUACUCCGCCAUUGGGACAAAUGUCGUUGAUUCCUGCAUCUUCUUCUAUCGUAUCUCCUGAGAGUGAGGGCGUUAAGCGACCACUCCGUGGAGAAUCCGUUGCCGCCCGUGUUCAGGCGUAUGAACGCCGCAUGAGCCAUGACGCUGAACUUCCUGGUAUCAACUUAAAAGAAGAGCGUGGCAGACGGAGUCAAGUGGUUGAUUAUGGUUUAGUACCCAGGCCCAGUCUCUACGUCGCCAAUCCCGACCACCGUAUUACGUCUUCUGGAGAUUCCUAGAUUGCUUUCUUCUUUACCUUGGGUGACGUGCUCCAGAUUCCCGUACAAAAUGCCGCACAUAUACUUACCAACAUCUAUCUGGAUUUACUGGAUAUAGAUUCGGUUGUCUAUACAGUCGGACUUUGCUUUGCUCUCUCGCUAUCUUAUCUUUAUAUCUUUUACGAUCUUACGACCAUUGAUGCCUACGACUUUUGUCUGUUUUACGCAAGGGAUCUUUUCCCACUACACACAUUGGCUGGCUGAUGGACUUAUCCUACCUACUGUACAACGAAUACUUUCUGUAUCGCCACCGCUAUCACAUGUACAUUGGAAGGAACUUUUUCUUUGUUGCAACGAGGACUUGUGGUAUAAAUGUCUAAUAGAAGAAACAUGACUGUGCCUUGUAUAUUUGGAUAAAUGACUGUCAAUAAUUUUGGGGAGACAAAGGUUGAUCCAUAGGAGGGAGCAAUGCUUAAGCUG